AUGGCCUCCCAGCCGAUUCUGUCGAUGCUCGACGCCGAGCCGCUCGUUGACGACAAAUCGAAGCCCAGGAGAACCACGCUCGACGACUAUGUACACCUGAGCUGGUACUGUUUUCGAGUGCUCCUUUUUGCCGAAUUCGUCUUGCUGUCGGUGAUGGGCAACAUGGUCUACAUGGUCUAUGCAGGCGCUGCCCCGCGACGAGUCUCAUGCCUUCAAGACGACGCUUACAUCGAGAACAUUUGCAAGAUGAACAUCUCGCAUCGAGAGCUGACGAAUUGUACCUACGAAACGGAGUACGAGUUCCGAUCAGUGCAGAUCGAUUUUGAAUAUUUUUGCGGCGAUUCGUCCUACGUGAAAUCGAGCAUCUCGGCACAAAUGUUGGGCGUUCUUGUCGGCGCCCUCUGUUUCGGCCAUCUCUCCGAUAAAUAUGGCCGGAAAAAAGUGCUAAUGUACUGCUUCCUACUCUGCAUCGUCUUCCAAGUGGCCACCGUAUUCGCGCGUACACUUUGGAUGUUUACGGUACUCCGCGCCAUUGUCGGAUUCUUCAAUGGAGGCCAAAUGACUUUCCAAAUCGCCCUCGUCAUUGUCUCCUUCCCGGCACUUCUCAUAUCCUUCUUCCUCUACGAGUCCCCACGCUGGCUGCUGGGCCGUGGCCGAAUCGCCGAGGCCGAGCAUAUUUUACUCAACAUCCAGCGAAUCGAUGGGAAAACGGAGCAUCGCGAAGAGCUGACCAGCCUGUUGCAAGCAGAAUUUGAGAAAGCCGAAGCGCGCGAGAAAAAGCAACAAAACUACAGCAUCAUCGACCUGUUUUCCACGCAAAAAAUGGCCGCCGUCACCAGCACACUUUGCAUGGGAAUGCUUUUCACAAGCAUGAUCAACUACGGCCUAAUGUUCAACCUCGAGAAGCUGUCCGGGUCGAUUUACCUCAAUUCGACAUACCUCGGCGGGCUGCGCUGGAUACUCAACUCGACGCUCGGAUAUUUCGACUACAAGUUGCGCCUAUUCCCGACUACAAGACCAUUGAUU